AUGUCUGGUAUCAACGAAGUACCAAAGUACGAAGAGAAGCAGGACCCCACCCAUGUCGAGCAGGCUGUGAGAUCCUCGAGCGACUCGGUCAAGUACGACGAGACAGAGAGGAAGCUCGGUGUCGACAUUGAUGAGGGUUUCGACCCCGACGAGGUCAAGCGCGUCACCCGCAAGGUCGACUGGCGUCUCAUCCCCAUGCUCGUCCUCAUGUACGCCAUCUCGCUCAUCGACCGUACCAACCUCUCGGUAGCGCGUACUGCAAACAACGACAAGUUUGACAAGGAGCUCGGCACUGGCGGUACCAACAACCGCUAUUCGAUCAUUACCGUCGUCUUCUUCGCUCCCUACAUUGUCUUCGAGCUUCCUUCGCAGUUUGGUCUCCGCGCCUUUGGCGCUCGCCUCUGGCUCGGCUCUGCUGUCUUCCUAUGGGGACUGGUCAUGCUCGGCAUGGGCUUUGCCCAGAACUGGCAGACUCUCGCUGCCCUCCGCGUCAUCCUUGGUGUUUUCGAGUCGGCCCUCUUCCCCGGUGCCGCAUUCCUCAUCUCGUGCUGGUACCCGCGCAAGGAGCUCGCUUUCCGCAACGUUGUCUUCUACGUUACCUCGGCCCUCGGCUCGUCGUUUGCCAAGGUCAUCGGUUUCGGCUUUGCUCACCUUGACGGGCGCGCCGGCUUGUCUGGUUGGCAGUGGAUGUUCAUUCUGUACGGUAUCGUCACCAUCCUCAUCGCCAUCCUGGCCUACAUCUUCCUCGUCGACGUUCCUUCCAAGGCCCACUUCCUCACCGAGCGCGAGCGUGAGAUUGUCAUGACCCGCAUCGAGCGCGACCGUGCCGACUCUAUCCCCGACCCGCUCACUUGGGCCAAGAUUAAGCAGUAUUCGUGCGAACUCAAGUCGUGGUACUUUGCCUUUGCGUUCAUGAGCACCACUACGAGCUCGUACGCCCUCGCCUACUUCAUGCCCCGCAUUCUCACUAUCAUGGGCUUUAACAACGUCGAGUCGAUGCUUCUCGGUACUCCCACGUACGUCUACGCCAUCAUUCCCGGCGUCAUCUGCGGCGGUAUCGCCGACCGUAUCCCCAAGAUGCGCGGCAACAUGAUCAUCUUCAAUGCCAUCUGCAUCAUCGUUGGCACCGCCAUGUACAGCCAGCUGCCCGCUGCCCAGCGCGGUGCUCGUUUCGCCGGCCUCUUCAUCGCUACCGGUGGCGGCAACUCGAACGUCCCCCUCAUCCUCUCAUGGCAGGCCGUCUCCAUCCGUGCUCAGUCCAAGCGCGCUUUCUGCUCGGCCCUUACUGUUGCUUUCGGCGGUAUUGGCGGUAUCCUCGGCUCGACUCUCUUCUUCCAGAGGGAGGCUAAGCAGAGCUACCCCACUGGUGUCUUCACCAUCAUGGGCCUCAACGCUGCCACCGCGCUUGGCGCGCUCGCCAUGAUGGCUUGGAUGACCAUGAAGAACAAGAAGGCCAAGCGUGGCGAAGGCCUCAUUGAGGAUGCCGAGGGCUUCUUCUACCAGAUCUAA